GCGUCGGCUUCCAGCACGCUGUGUGACGGGACUGCUACUGUGCAGUGAUAAAGAACUACAAACAAAAGGUCAAAGGUGAAGACAGAGAGAGUGUCGAGGCGAGGAGUGAGCUUUUGAUUCAUAAGAAAAGCGUCGGCUGACUUUGGAAGUUGCUCCGUAGUUUGCAAACAUUUGCGGUUGUGACCGUUCGUUUUUGGGGGGAAAUUGGACUGUCAGGUGGCUUUUCAGGAGGUUUACCUGACAUUGCGAACAGCAUCAGAUCUGGCGAGGCUUCUUGACCCCCUGUUGAGAUGGACGACCAGGAGAAUCCACUGGAGAGAGACCACUCCCUGUCUGUGGUUCUGCCGGGGGGGCUGGAGAAGAACGCCACGGUGCAUGGAAGCAAACCAGUGAUGGACUUGCUGGUGACCCUCUGCGCAAGCUACCAUCUCAAUCCGUCCGACUACACCGUUGAGGUUCUCUCCCCCAACAAGAACAACAUCGGCUUCAAACCCAACUCUCCCAUUGGCUCGCUGGACGCGGAUACGAUUGUGCUGAAGCCCAAAGGGAUUGAGGAGAUCAGGAGGCCUUACAUGCCCGAGGCGUCUGUACGUCUGUUGAUCAACUACAACAAGUCCCAUAAGGCCGUGGUGCGGGUGAAUCCCCGGGUGCCCCUUGAGACGCUGCUGCCAGUGGUGUGUGACAAGUGCGAGUUUCCGGUAGAAACAACCGUCUUACUGAGGGACUCUCAGUCCAGAGAGCCGCUGGACCUGACUGAGACCUUGAACGACCUCGGGGUGAGGGAGGUGUUUGCCAAAGACACGGCUGCUAAGGAGCCCGAUGGCCACCAGCACCAACCCAGCACGCCUGAAGCAGGUGUCACGCCAACAGAGGUCAUCUCACCACCUCCACCACAAGACCUGCCAAAGAAGGAGAAGAAACAGAAGGACAACACCGGACUCCUCAGCUUAUUCAGAAAAAAGAAGAAAAAAGGCGAAAUGAGAGGAGCAGGGAGUGUCCCAGCUUCUCCUGGCCGCAACGCACAAGUGGAAGUCGGUGUUUCCUCUUCUAACACACUGCCAGCAGAUAUGCCCAAGAAGAGACGAGCCCCUCAGCCACCCAUGGGCGCGUCCCAGAGCGUCCCAAACAACCUCAGCACCUGUCAUGUCGAAGGAUCACAGAGGUCUGCAGAAUCCACCUUAAGGAGCACCAAGAGGAGGGCCCCACGUCCUCCCUGUGCAAACACUGAGGUUAAAGGGACUCUAGACUCAUUAAACGCCGUUGAGGAGCUGACAGAAAGUGACGAGUCAGACUCUGUAUCACCAGCCUCAUCUUCAUCAUCACCCUAUCCAUCACUUCCGCGUCCCUCCUCAUCCUCCUCGCGUCUGUCAUUCGCUCAUCUCCACGAAAUGAACCUGCCUUCGUUUCGAGGGAAGGACCUUUCCGACGCCCGCUGUGCUCUCGCCAAAAUCCUGACAUCCUCUGUUUCCAAGGGAACCCUGGUCAAGCAUUUGAGGAAUUCUGCCAGCUUCCCAAAGUUCUACAACGGCUCCUCCUUUAUGACCCAGAGGUGUUCAGAUAACGGGCUCUCAUGUGCACAACCUGAACCCGUCUUUACGUCCAAACUCCCCACCGAGCACGAGUGGGAGGAUCCCCCACAGAGGAGGGGAAUGACCACGUUCAAGGUGGUUCCCUCGAAGAUGCAGAAGACCCCCGAUACAGAACUCACUCCGGACCAGAUAACAGUAGAAGAAGACCCUGAGAGUGAGGCUUCUCCUGAGGCUGAGAGAAAUCCAACUGAGGCUGAGGGGGAUCCACGUUCUCCUGACGGAUCAGAGACUGGAACACCUUUGCAGAGUCCAGAACCAUCCUUUCAGGAGAUUCCUGAUUCUACUCCGCCUCCGGAUGAUUUAGAGAUCCAGGAGGGUCCAGGCUCACCUGUGUCUGAGGUCGGGGACACCGUUGAAAAUCCGACCGAAGAGGAUGAACCUGAAGUCACAUCUGAGGUGACACCAGCAGACUGCAGUGAUGGAGAAGUUACCAGUGAGGGUCAGGAGGAUGAGACUGAAUGCCAAAGCCCCACCGAGAUGUCUGGAAGUACAGACAUGGACCGUUGUGGUUCAUACACUGAGGAGAAGGAAGAAGAAGAGGAGGAAGUGGUACAGGAAGAGGAAGAAGAAGGGGACUGCUUCCCUCCCCCUCCUCCACCUAUCUUAUUUGAUGAACACAUAGAGGAGGAAGAGGAGGGAGAAGAUAGGACAACUUCCUCUCCGCCAUCUUCUCUGCCAACAAGUCCUACCUCCAAUGGGCAAACUCAUGCAUUCAGCAAGGACCAUCAGCCCACUUCUGGCCACGCCUGCUGAGCCCACAGUGGCACCGAAACCUCAGGAUAAGACGAGUGCGGCCCGGUCCGGAUUUGCACAGGCAGUGGCAUUGGGCGUGCAGAGGUCCCGUCUCCACAGCGGUGGGAAAGGUUUAGGCCCCCAGGCACCCGAGGGUUCGCACAGUACACUUCCCUCACCACCCAGGUCCACAUACCAAUACGGUGCCUGACCGGCUUCCUCACAACUCUUUGAACAGAAGUCCUUGUUUAGGUUGAGGAACAACAGCGAGGACACCACGUGAGCUCCAAAUAACUUAAAAAAAGGUCAGCUGGAUAAUUUGGAAAAAAUGGAGACUGCAUCAGUUUUUAUGACGACGAGCAACUUGACUUGGUUUCUAUGAUUUGUUUUUAUUAUUUAUCUAUUUUUGUGAAAGACACCUUGUUGUCCAGUUUUAUGUUGAACAUUUUCCGUUUUCAUGGAAGCCAAACAUACAGGACACGAGUUGUUGAAGGGACAACAUCCUGUUUUUUUUUCUUUACCUUCCUAUUUGAAUUUUCACUGAAGACGUGCCAAGGGCGGACACACAGUUUUUGUUUGUGUGAAACAAAAUAAAUUAACUCUUAUUGGUACAGGUUUAUUCUGUGUUUGUGCCGCAGUUAGUUUUCUCCCUCGGGGGUGUUUAGUUUAAUGCUUUGAGACAUGAAGAAUGCAGUAAAACUUUUUCUUUUUUUGCCACCAGGUGGCAGAAGAGUAUUGUUUCUAAAGAAAAAAUAUAUAUGGACAAUAUUCAUCUGUGAGGUUCAUCAUAUGAGUUCUGGUGGAUGCAUCACAUUAUGUGACACAUUAUGUAUUAUUUUAAAAGAAAUAUUGUUUUCUAAUAACUGAGCUUAUAUGAAACGUUAUUCUAAUAUUUAAGUCUAUUGAAUGUCUGUCUGUCACGUCCAUUUCAAUUUU